AUGCCGUGCCCUCGGCCUCCCUGGCUCCGCCGUCCUCGUGCCCCUCAGGGCUCAGGUCCCAGCUCCCCGAGCUCACUCUCUGCGCCCCGCUCCCCCGGCAGGGAGGAGGGCGAAGACGAUGGCGGCGCGGAGGAGGAGGAGGAAGGGGACGGCAGCCCGGGCUCCGGCCCCAUCCUGACCCCCGCGUCCCCCGGGGAGUGUCUCAUUUGUGUGUCACCCUUCGACGGCGUUUUCAAGCUGCCCAAGCGCCUGGACUGCGGCCACGUCUUCUGCCUCGAGUGCCUGGCUCGCCUGUCCCUGGCCACGGCGGGUGGCGGCGACGCGGUGGCCUGCCCCGUGUGCCGCGCGCCCACGCGCCUGGCCCCGCUGCGCCUCGGCCGCCCGCUGUCCCGCCGCCUUUCCUUUUCCAGCCCGGCCUGGGCCUUCAACGCGGCAGUGGCGCUGGCGGUGCUGGUGGCCGCGGGCCUCGUCGUCUCGGGCGUCUACAUCUUCUUCCUCAUCCCCCACGCCGCCUCCUCCGACCCCGUGCGGCCCCAGCUCGUGGCGCUCGCCCCGGCGCCCGGGUUCUCCUGGUUCCCGCCACGGCCCGCACCGGGGACACCCUGGACGCCGCGCCCCAUGGGCCCUGACCAGGACAGCGCCCUGCCAGGGGCUGCGGAGGACGUGCUGGAGCCCGAGGAGGGCUCCGAGGACACAGCGGAGGCUGAGGGGAUGCUGGACAGGCCCCCGGAGGGCACGUGGGGGGCAGAGGCUGGCCCGGGCUGA